GGAUGCAGCAUCGUUGCCAAAAGACUGCCUGACGGUAACAUUUUUGAUCCGGCAUGUUUCGAAAGUUGCUGAAGAGUUGUCAGUCACCCAUGUUAAGUCGGCUAACUAGUAGCGUUGUUGGAGUACUCAUCGUCCUUUAUUAUUUGAUGUUACCUGAAUAUGAUGACGACCAACAAUUAGUUAUUAGCCAUCUUCAACAGAAAGAAGCUUCAAUCGAGAAUUUAUCGGAAAUAACGUCAGCACAAGAUCACCAGAAAAUCAUUCUGUUUUGGACGAAAUUUUUCGAAACGAGCGACUUUGAGGUGGGAAUAGGUAGCACUCCCUUCGCACGAUGUUGCGAAGUCUCAAAUUGUGUGACGACUACCGACCGCAGGCUACUGAACGAUAGUGACGCCGUCUUCUUUCACGCUCGAGAUCUCCAUCCCAACGAUUUGCCACCGCCUGGACAGAGGCGUCCUCAUCAAAACUUUGUUUUCUUUCUUUUGGAAUCUCCAAUGCACACGGAUUUGAAAAUGUUACAAAUGCCUUUAUUCCAGAAUUAUUUUAACCGAACCAUGACUUAUCGUCUCGAUUCCGAUGUUGUAAAUACCUACGGUCGCAUCCGGUGCAUUGAUUCAUCUUCAUCCUGUUCAAAUUUCCCGCCAGGGAACACACUAUCUGCUCAAAGUAAUUUUAAUCCUGCAGUAAUCGCCAGCAGCAACAUUCAGCAAAUGAAUCUGACAGUAAAGAAUCGAACAGUCGCUUGGUUCGUUUCCAACUGUAAAACGAGCAGUCAGCGUGAAUUGUUGGUCCGUAAUUUAUCGAAUUUCAUUCCGGUAGAUGUUUAUGGCUCGUGCAGAAAUAACGGUAGUAAUCACACGUGCGUAAAUCGAGCCGAUUGCAAUGUGAUGCUGGGCCGUUAUUAUCGUUUUUAUCUCAGUUUCGAGAACUCGCUUUGCCCAGAUUACGUCACGGAAAAACUCUAUCGGACUUUGAUGCACGACACGGUGCCGGUGGUUUACGGCGGAGCUAAUUAUUCUCUCUACCUGCCGGAAGGAUCCUACGUCAACGCUAGAGAUUUCGAUAGCCCAGAGAAUCUGGCCAAUCAUCUCAAGGAAUUGAUGAUCAAUGACGAGCUUUAUCUGAGUUAUUUCCGCUGGAAGCAACGAUACACUGUUGAGCUCGGGCAUUUAAAUGGAUGGUGUUCUUUGUGUCGCUUACUGAACGACAGGAAUGAUGUGGAAAAGAAAAGUUAUGCCGACAUUGCUGCGUGGUGGUCAGGCCAAUUGACUAACCAAACAUGUUUUACGCCACCACCGACAUCUCUUGUUUAGGAAAAAGUGCGUAGUUCUUUUUUUUUCCCGCGGUUAUAAUGCUGAAAGUCUAGUAUGCUGAAAUGAUUGCGUUAUAACAUAGUCAUA